AUGUCAACUUCCAGGGUAAACCCAACUUUUUACCUAGUGGUCUUAACGGUGGCCCUCAGUUGUAUAAUAAUAACCCCGCUCAGAGUCUGUGAGGCAUCACCGUAUGCUAACGACGCUCCUUACCCUCCUGAAGGCAACAACAAUUCAACUGAAAAUGAAAAUCAUGCCAACGACCAAAGCGAAACGGCCGUAUAUCACUUUAUUGUUGAAUUUUUAAUUCAGCUUGUUUACUAUUUAUAUAAGUUUUUAUACUGGCCGUGCUACGCACCAUUUUAUAUAUUGAACGCACUUUACAUGGCUUUUGUAUACACGCCCACAGUUUACGUAUGGAAAGUAUUAUCAUUAUUUUCCCCAUUACUCGCAUUCUGUAGUGCCGCAGCAUUUUUUGGAAUUUGUAUUGGAGCCACGGCGGGAUGGUUCUCGGAGGUGAUUAUAGGGGUGUUGACCGCCCCGAGUAACGAUGAAGUAGCAUUAAACGAAUUAAAGAAAAAAAGACACGUGGCAAAACUGAGAAGGCAACUCGCCAAUUUGAAGGCUAGGAAUGGAGGGAGAAUUCCCAAAGAGUUUUAUCGACGUCAAGGCGCUACCCUUCGAAAGAAUAUUUUGCAGAAUGGCAUGUUUGAUGAUUAUGGAAGCGAUUAUCGCAAGGAUUAUUCCGCCGGGGGGGAGUGA